GGUACCUACACCUGAAGUUAUGAGCUAUGUAUGUGCAUGUAUAUAAGUUAUAUAUGUUAGUAGUUUUUGUAAGGUCAUUCCAUGGUUUUGUAAUAGUUUUCUGUAUAGUUUCUCUUUCUUGUCAUUUGUGUUUGUAUACUAGUACAAUAACAGUAAAAGGAUGAAUCUAAUUUUGAAAUGAACCGGUGAACGGUUGAUGACGUCCAGCACGACCUGUUGAUCGGUGAGCGGAACUGUUUCCAAAAACAGAGCCUCCUGUCACGAAAUUUCAUAAGCUGACGAACAGCCCCUUUUUUCACCGUUGAUGACCCAAUUCGGUUUAUUUUCGUCGGCCCAGUUUUGAGAGAAAAUGAUCUCAGCGACGAGCCUUUUCCAAGAGAGGAAUUUCAACUUGACUCGCCUCUCUUGCCUGGCCAAAGGGCUCAUCGGCAAGUACACGAUCGUAGAUUUGAGGAACGACUCGUCCGUCAACGGAAAAAUCGACUCAGUCGACGGGUGUCUCAACGUAACGCUCGUCGAUGCGAUCUUCACGAAUUCGAAAGGUGAUGAAUUUUUCUUCGACCUGUUCUUCGUAAGAGAGAGGAAUGUCCGUUACAUCCACAUUCCCAGAGAAAUUUCAGUGAUGGACACAAUAGUGAGUUCCCUGAAUGCUAUACGCUUUCCAAAAUUGAACGAGGAGUCCAGAGGGAUGAGCAGGAAAAAGAGCCGGCUCAUGGAGCGACAGCUUGAGACGAAAAAAAGGGUCCAGGAGAUCCUUCAGGAGAAACAGAGGAGGAAGGCGCUCGAAAAUCAAGAACGGCGCAAUUAGCUUUCGCAAUUUUAAUCUGCCGGUUUUAAAAAUCAGACGGUUUAUAAAAUUGCACUUUGACAGUAUACUCCUUUCCAAGAUAAAUUUUGAAUCUCAACGAUCUCAUGGAUUUGUUUGAAUUGAAUUCCUAAUGAGUGUAUAUAACUUCUUGUAUGUAGUCUUAUUAUUUCCCCAGUUCAAUUUUUUUUUUUUUUCAAUCAGUAAUUGGUGUUUGGAGUAUUUUUUGGUUUAUAGUUUGUAAAUUGCUGUUUUCAAGUGCUUGUGCUGUACUCAAAAACCUUUCCGAGUAUAGAUUGCUCAAAAUAACAAUUUGAAUAAAAAC